AGUGCUUCUUCUUCAGUCCCGCUUCCCAACAAUCCAUAAGAUCAGGGCAUUCUUCUCCGUGAUCCCUAAUUAGGGUUCCCAAAUGGCUUCUCCCGUGAAUCUCCGAUCCAGUUUCAGCUCCAUUCCGAGAUCUUCCACUGAUUUUAGAUCCAGUUCCAUCGUCCCCUUCACCUCCCAGCUCUUCUUCUCCGUUCGGCCUGGGCGGAGCUCGCGGCGAUGCCCCUCGAGAGCUCUCCGAGUGCGUAGCAUCAUCUCAGACCGAGACCUUCAGGAUCCGGCCUCUGGAGACGAUUUUCUGGAUGGGAUAAACACCUUCUCAGUUGAUUCUAAAGCCAUUGAAAGGAGAAUCAAAUUCCAUGCUGAAUUCACACCUUCAUUUUCUCCGGAGCAUUUCAACCUUCCUAAGGCUUACUUUGCUACAGCUGAAAGUGUUCGUGAUGAACUUAUAAGGAAUUGGAACCUUACAUAUGAUUGCUAUGAAAGAAUGAAUAUGAAGCAAGCAUACUAUUUAUCCUUGGAGUUUCUUCAGGGCAGAGCUCUUCUGAAUGCAAUUGGUAAUUUAGAGCUUACGGGAGGGUAUGCAGACGCGUUAACAAAACUUGGGCAUAGCCUUGAGAGCGUAGCCAGGCAGGAACCUGAUGCUGCACUUGGCAAUGGUGGGCUUGGACGGUUAGCAUCAUGUUUUUUGGAUUCUUUGGCCACACUGAAUUACCCUGCAUGGGGCUAUGGGCUUAGGUACAAAUAUGGAUUGUUCCAACAGAACAUCACGAAAGAUGGUCAAGACGAAGUUGCAGAAAGUUGGUUGGAGAUGGGAUAUCCCUGGGAGAUUGUCAGGAACGAUGUUUCCUAUCCAAUUAAGUUUUAUGGAAAGGUUGUUGUUGACUCCAAUGGAAAGAAAAACUGGAUUGGUGGGGAGAAUAUAAAGGCUGUCGCAUAUGAUGUCCCCAUACCUGGAUACAAGACUAAAAGCACUAUCAAUCUUCGUUUAUGGUCAACAAAAGUACAACCACAGGAUUUUGAUUUAAGUGCUUUUAAUGCUGGAGAUCACACAGAAGCAAAUCAGGCUCAAGCAAAUGCUGAAAAGAUUUGCUUUAUAUUAUACCCUGGAGACGAAUCUGUGGAAGGGAAGAGUCUUCGUUUGAAACAACAAUAUACUCUAUGCUCUGCUUCUCUUCAAGAUAUUAUUGCCCGUUUUGAGAGAAGAUCUGGAAAUCUGGUGAACUGGGAAGAUUUUCCUGAAAAAGUUGCUGUUCAGAUGAACGACACUCAUCCGACUCUUUGCAUUCCAGAGCUGAUAAGGUUAUUGGUCGACGUGAAGGGCUUGAGUUGGAAGGAAGCUUGGAGCAUCACUCAGCGAACUAUGGCAUACACUAACCAUACAGUUCUUCCCGAAGCUUUGGAGAAGUGGAGCUUGGACCUUAUGCAGAAGCUGCUUCCUCGGCAUGUUGAAAUUAUAGAAAUGAUAGAUGAGGAGCUGAUGAAUGAAAUAAUCUCCGUGUAUGGGACAGAAGACCUUGGACUUUUGGAGCAAAAGCUUGUGCGAAUGAGAAUUUUGGAGAAUUUAGAUUUUCCUGAACCAGUUGCCAAAUUGUUUGUGAAACCAAAGAAACAAAAGGUUAAGUCAAAGGAAAAAAUACUUGUGGAGUCCUUGCUGCCCUCUGAUAUAGUUGAAAAUGAAGAAUCUGAAGCUCAAGCUGCGUCUGAAGAAGUUGAAACAGAAGAAGUUGAAACAAUAGAAGUUAAAACAGAAGAAGUUGAAACAGAAGAAAUUGAAACAGAAGAAGCUGAAACAGAAGAAGUUGAAAUAGUAGAAGAGGAUCCUGCUGAUAAAGAUCCAUCAUUUCUAAAAUCAGAUCCUAAAUUGCCAAAAAUGGUCCGCAUGGCCAAUCUCUGUGUUGUAGGAGGGCAUGCAGUGAAUGGAGUUGCUGAAAUUCACAGUGAAAUUGUGAAAGAUGAAGUUUUCAAUGACUUCUACAAGCUGUGGCCGUCAAAAUUUCAAAACAAAACAAAUGGAGUGACGCCAAGACGUUGGAUCCGGUUUUGCAAUCCAGAGCUUAGUAAAAUUAUAACCAAAUGGCUUGGCACAGAAGACUGGGUCUUGAACACUGAGAAGCUUGGAGAACUUAGACAGUUUGCUGAUAAUGAGGAUCUCCACAAGGAGUGGAAGGUUGCGAAGAGAAACAACAAGUUGAAGGUUGUUUCAUUAAUUAAAGAGAGAACUGGAUAUAUUGUCAGUCCUGAUGCAAUGUUUGACAUUCAGGUGAAGAGGAUUCAUGAAUAUAAGCGUCAACUGCUCAACAUCCUUGGAAUCGUCUAUCGCUACAAGCAGAUGAAAGAAAUGAGCGCCACAGAAAGGGAAGAAAAGUUUGUUCCUCGGGUCUGCAUAUUUGGAGGUAAAGCAUUUGCCACAUAUGUACAGGCAAAGAGGAUAGUGAAGUUCAUAACAGAUGUUGCAGCUACUGUCAAUAAUGAUCCAGACAUUGGAGAUCUUCUGAAGGUUGUUUUUGUUCCUGAUUACAAUGUUAGCGUUGCAGAAGCACUCAUUCCAGCAAGUGAAUUAUCUCAGCAUAUUAGCACUGCUGGAAUGGAGGCUAGUGGGACUAGCAAUAUGAAAUUUUCGAUGAAUGGCUGUGUUCUGAUCGGAACCUUGGAUGGAGCCAAUGUCGAGAUAAGGCAAGAAGUAGGCGAGGAUAACUUUUUCCUGUUCGGUGCCUUUGCUCAUGAGAUUGCUGGCUUAAGGAAAGAAAGAGCGGCUGGAAAGUUUGUGCCAGACCCACGGUUUGAAGAAGUUAAGAAAUUCAUUCGCAGUGGUGCCUUCGGAACUUAUAACUACGGAGAACUGAUGGGGUCUUUAGAAGGAAACGAAGGUUUCGGGCGUGCAGAUUAUUUUCUCGUCGGCAAGGACUUCCCGAGUUACAUCAAAUGCCAAGAGCAGGUUGACAAAGCAUACAGAGAUCAGAAGAAAUGGACUCGAAUGUCAAUCUUGAACACGGCAGGUUCUUACAAGUUUAGCAGCGACCGGACAAUUCAUGAAUACGCGAAGGAGAUUUGGAGCAUUGAACCUGUUUUGCUGCCAUGAGAAAGUAUCACUUGGAUAGAAUUUAUUAGCUGAAAAACAAGUGAUGAACUUUCUUUUUCUCUGUUUAUUUUGUAUGAGAAAAUGGUUAUGAUAGUUUGUGUUAGUAUGCAGGCAGCCACAAUAAGCAAAUAAACAUGAAUUGCAGGUCUCUUUCACUGUGUACAAACAUAUGGAAAGAGUGAGUAUGAUCAGAGAGUUCAGUGGUGUAAAAAAAGGUAAAGAUGAAGUUGUUCAUCUUUUAUGUAUAAUUUUUGGAUAUCUGGUUGUAAUCUAAUAAGAGAGUAUUUAUUUUAUCUA